AUGUCUUUUUUAAAUACCAUUAAAGGAUUUGGUCGAAGCUCUCGUAAGGGGAAGAAGGAUUUAGAUGGUGGUGCUGCGUCCCCAUUGUAUUCACAUCCAAACAAUUCUGGGUCACCCAUCAGAAGAUCGCAAUCACCAACGAAGAUCUCUCCCUCGAAGCAACAAAAAAUAAAUGAACAGAUUAGAUUAUCAAACAAUGACCAUUCUCCAACAAGAAAAACGGUAAGACAGACCCAGCAGCGUAGCCAGCCCCAGCAGGCGCAACAGCAGACCCAGCAGCAGCAUCAAGACCAACAACAACAACAGCAACAGCAGCUAAAACAACAAUCACAAAAUCACAGCCAGCAAAAGGACACUUCACAGGCUCGCAUGCAACCAGCAGCCUCGGAGGUGCCUUUAUUUUUAUGCGAACCAUUUGUUAAAACUGCUUUGGUUAAAGGGUCAUUCAAAACUAUAGUACAACUUCCUAAGUACGUCGAUUAUGGCGAAUGGAUAGCAUUAAACAUCUUCGAAAUAUUUAACAACUUGAACUCCUUUUAUGCCGUUCUAUCACCUAUCGUUACACCAGAAAAGUAUCCCACAAUGAAUGCUGGACCUCACACAAAUUACUUAUGGAUUGAUGCUUCUGGUCAAGCAGUCAAUCUACCGGCCUGCCACUACAUUGAUUAUGUGUUGACUUGGAUCUCCAAAAAGAUAAAUGAUCAGUCUGUAUUUCCUACGAAGAAUGGAGGCGCUUUUCCCCCCACAUUCUUGAAAGACUGUAAAAAUAUAUCAAGACAAAUGUUUAGAAUUUUUGCUCAUGUGUACCACAACCAUUUCGAAACUAUAGUGCAUCUCUCCUUAGAGGCUCACUGGAACUCAUUCUUUGCUCACUUUAUAAGUUUCACAAAGGAGCAUAACUUGAUCGAUCGUGGUGAGCUUGAACCAUUAUUACCUCUAAUAAUCAAUUUUGAGCAGCAAGGAAAAAUUAUAUAG